CAAGAUUAACAAACCGUGAACGAAGGAAGAAGACAAACCGUAAGGCAUUGUUAGCAGCGUUAUGUAUGAUGAGAGUACUCAAUAGCGUUAUUCAACUUUACUUGUUAAUUACGGAGUUGAUUGCUGAGAGGCAUCGACAAAGGUUUCGACAAAAGCCUCAUCUUCGUGCCAAUCCUAAUGUUUACCAAAGUCAACUGGACGCACUUAAUAGGUUGGUACGCGGGAAUGACAAAACUUGUCAUAACAAUUUGAGGGUAAACAAGCAUACAUUCAUGACGUUGUGCCAAUUACUUAUUGAAAAUGGGCUAGAGCCAUCUAGAAAUGUUACCGUUGUAGAGAAGGUGGCGAUCUUUUUGUGGAUCCUCUCACACCAUACGAAGAAUAGGCGUACCAUUUUACAAUUUUGGAGAUCGGGGGAAACAAUUAGUAGGCAUUUCAACGCAGUUUUGAUCGCGGUGAUUCGCCUUCACAAUGUCUUGUGGUAUCAUCCUCAGCCUAUUCCUGCCAAUGAGCCGGAUGCUAGGUGGAAGUGGUUUGAGAAUUGUCUAGGGGCUUUAGACGGUACCUUCAUACCUGUUCUCCCCCCAACAGAACACAAGGCACGAUAUAGGUCAAGGAAGGGUGACUACGCGACAAAUGUGUUAGGAGUUUGUAGUCGUAACCUACAAUUUGUUUACGCGUUGUCUGGUUGGGAAGGCUCCGCCACCGACUCAAGAGUGCUCCGAAAUGCCUUGCUAAGGCCUCAUGGGUUGAGAAUUCCACAGGGUCGUUACUACCUCGCCGAUGCUGGUUACACUAAUGGGCCGGGAUUAUUAGCAUCUUACAGAGGUCAACGAUACCACAUUAACAUUUGGAGGCAAGGACACAUGCCCCAGAGCCGGGAGGAGUACUUCAACAUGAAGCACUCUAAGGCACAAAAUGUUAUCGAGAGAUGCUUUGGGGUGCUAAAGAUGAGAUGGGGAAUUUUGUGAUCUUACUCUUUCUACCCCAUUAGGACUCAAUGUCGCAUCAUCACUACAUGUAUCCUUCUCCAUAAUCUCAUUAAGCGUACAAUGGCGGUGGAUCCCGUUGAGGCUGAAUACAUGGCGUGGGAGCAGGCGAAUCUACAUAAUGUACCACAUGAAGUGUACAUUGCAAAUGUCGAUGCUACAAACGAAUGGACACAAUUUCGGGAUAACUUGGCAACCCAAAUGUACAAUGAAUGGUUAGCUAA